AAUCAGUACACCGGGAGCGUCACCGAAAGUAGGAAGUGAUAUUAUUUUCCUGGAAGCAUAGAUUACAGUUUUUAAGAAACAUACUUGAAAAUCAUUGGAAACUACUUGAUUUCUUGAUUGGGAAUUUGAAGAAUAACAGAUUAUCAAUACCAGAUGCGAUAAGGCUGAAUUUUGGAUAUUAAUACUCUUAAGCCAUUGGAGUAUUUCAUUCAUUCAUUCAUUUCUGAGGAUUUGAAAAAGGUCAGAGGUCAUUAUGCCGCCAAUACUAGAGUUGGACAGAUCUCAAGGGCUGUACGGUGUUGCUGCUGUCAGCCGUCACGCCAGCACCUCGGGGAUCUCUCCGCCAAAACGGAACAUGGACGAGAAACGGCCAUACUCCUUUCAUGAUUUCAACAGAAAAGAACCCUGUCGGUAUUCUCACCAAGUAUUCCUCUUGGCUGGGAAAAUAUUCGAUGCUCUGAAACACCCAGUCAAAGAGGACAAUCCAUAUUUGAGAAAGAAACAGGAAGAACUUGAUAAAAAUAAAAUGGUACAGGUGCCUAAAUUGGAUUUUCCUGAUGGGAAAACGAAGCGACUGACAUUUGAGCUGUCUUUUGCUACUUUGAAAUAUCAAAAUUUACUGGAGGACCUUUUGGAUGAUUGUGCAAUCAUGUCUCAGUUCCCUGAGUUCAGGGAAGACUUUGGUUUGGUCAUGGUCAUCCUGAACGACUUCCAAAACAGAAAAUUCCAGCAACGCACGCCGCUUCCAGGCGAGACGCUGGAUCCACACAUCACAGAGAUAGAGCAGGCUUUGUACUCUGUGAAAACCAAACUGAAUGCUUCCCUGGCCAGAAACAGAAUCAAGUAUAAUGCUCUGUCUAUAGAGAGCUUGCUGCCAGCGGCUGUACAGGAACAGAGUGAAGUAGGCUCACAUCUACCUGUGUUUGUCUGGGUGAAUCUGCUCAAAACAAGCAUUCAAUCAGUAGUGGAGCAUUUCAAAGAAGAUGGCUUCCACUUUCGUAACUUCGAUUCAGAUGAGCAGAUAGUUGGCAACCAGUUCUGGGCAGACGUUCACUGCAGCAAUGUUCUGACUUUUGCUGCCGAAAAACGUCAGGAAAUCUCCCAGCAUCCUCUAGUAGAGUGUGGCCAUAUUGUUGUCCAGGACAAGUCCAGUUGUCUGGGUCCUCACUCCAUAAAGGCAGUGGUCAGUGAAGGUGAUGACAUUGCAGUGGCCAAUGUGACCUCUGGACUGACCCUGGCCCAUGUGUCCAGUUUGACCCAGGAGACCUGCGGGACAAUAUAUGGCUUUGGUGUCCAGUCAGAUGACCACCUUGCUCAGGUCAAGGAGACACUGAAGCAUCUUGGUGCUAACAAUGUAAAGCUGAUAAUGGAAGAGUUUAGUAGUGUAGCUCCAGAUGAUGUGAGGUUUAGGAAUGUGAAAGCCAUCCUGGUCACAGCCAAGUGCAGCAAGUCUGGUAUCAGUAACCCUGUGGAUUUUAUUGUCAAUGAAGGAGAAGACAUGUCAAUCUUGAAGAACUUGUCUGUGGGAGAGACGGACAUCUCCAGGAUGGGAGAAAUGAUGGCCAAUAAUGGGGCUGCUCUCAGACAUGCCAUGAGAUUACCUCGAGUACAAGCAGUAGUCUAUACGACACACUCAAUAGUGUCCAGAGAGAACGACGAUGUCAUCACAAGAGCCAUCCACGCAAUAAAUACAAUCAACCAACAAAACAACAACCGAAAAUGCCAGUUCAGGAUCAUUCCUCCAGUCAUUCCUAUUGUGGAGAAAGACCUGGAGUCGAGUCCUCGCACUGUGAGAGACAGGUUUCUCAAGUUUGAGAAGACACCAAAAAUGACAGGGUGCUUUUGUGCAGUAGUGGGACGAGAGGCUGAGGAUAAACAGGAAGCUGCUAAGGAUGUCCUUGCAAGGGCCAGAGCUAUGGGAAUACUUGGUGGUGAAGAAAAGAUGGACGUUGAUGAUGACAACAAUAAACCAAACAGCAAACCUCGCAAGAAGUCACCAAAAAGAGCCAAGAGUAGUUUUGUAGCCAGGAAAAGCGGGUUAUCGCCCCAGCGGAAGGCCACAGUCUCGUUGCCGAAUGCGCAUGUUACCAAGCAGCAUCAGUCACACUCGCCUGCUGUUAAAGUUCCGAAGAAAUCAGGCGUGGCUUUUGGCUCCGGUGUUGCCUUGAAGGAAAAGAAGAGGGAAUCUGUUGUUUCUACGUCAAAGUCUACGCAAGCUGCGACAGCUAAAACAAAAACAAUGGAGCUUCACAUAGUGAACCAUCCGAAACCUUUCAGCAAAAAGAAGUAACCGAUUGGAAGCUGAGACAAGAGGAUGAGGACAAGGAGGAGAACAAACUACUAUGUCCAGUAAUAGUACAUGUACCCAUACAA